GAUAAAACGCGGCUGCGCAGGCUUGGCAGGUCUUCUUCCACGUUCACCAGAGUACCCACCGUCUGCCACCGGAACCGGAGCAAGAGUCAUGGCCGAGAUGAAGGAACGCACUUUCAUUGCCAUCAAGCCCGAUGGCGUGCAGAGGGGCAUCAUCGGAGAGAUCAUCAAGAGGUUUGAGGUCAAAGGCUUCAAACUGGUCGGCCUGAAGAUGCUCCAUGCCUCUGAGGACCUCCUCAUGCAGCACUACAUCGACCUGAAGGACAGACCGUUCUUCCCUACCCUCAUCAACUACAUGACCUCCGGUCCAGUGGUUGCCAUGGUGUGGGAAGGCAAGGGUGCAGUGAAGACGGGCAGGGUGAUGCUGGGCGAGACCAACCCCGCCGAGUCCAAGCCUGGAACCAUCAGAGGAGACUUCUGCAUCGACGUUAGCAAGAACAUCAUCCAUGGCAGUGACUCAGUGGAGAGUGCCAACAAGGAGAUUUCCCUGUGGUUCAAACAAGAGGAGCUGGUCAGCUACACGAGCUGUGCCUUCAGCUGGCUCUACUGAGCGGCCCCAGCGUCUGCAGCGGUCCUCCAUCACCGGUUGGAAACAACUCAAACUUUUGCCUGAGACUUCCUGUUUUCGCCCGUAGCCUAGAGGGGAGAAGGACUGACGUCAGGCUCUUCACACCCCGUGGUCGUCACAUUCCUGCCCCACCCCCCAAUCCUCUGCCCUCUGACUCAUCUUCAUACUGUACUGGCAUCUGGCCUCUGUGGAGGUCCACGUCUAGUUCAUAUUCAUUCCUACCCAUUAGAAACAUUCCUCUCAUUCCUCAUUGUACAGUUAAUGACUAGAAACUUGUCUUUGACUGAUUUUGUUUAAUGGUGAUCUGCUUUCCAAUAAAAUGCACACAAUACAACUCAC